AUGUCUCUAGAAAGAGAAGAACCUAGCCAUUUUGGCGCUGGUCCAGCCCAAUUGCCCACCAAAGUCUUGCAACAAGCUGCCCAAGAUUUAGUAAAUUACAACGGCAUUGGCCUUGGAAUCGGCGAGAUUUCUCACCGUUCUGGCGACGCUAGUAAUGUAAUUGACAGUGCCAAGGCAAAUUUACGUAAAUUGAUGAAAAUUCCCGACACUCACGAGGUUUUCUUUAUGCAGGGCGGUGGUACAACCGGGUUCUCAUCUUUGGCUACCAACCUCACAGCUGCGCAUGUCGGUAAAACGGGUUCUACUGGCACGGCUGGCUAUCUCGUCACCGGGUCCUGGUCUGCAAAAUCCCUGGAGGAGGCUCAAAGACUAGGGAUCAAAAGCGAGGCCAUCUUCAACGCCAAGGACUUCAACAAUGGCAAAUUCGGUGUGAUUCCACCAGAAUCGGCCUGGGCGGACAAAUUGAAGGCCAAGGAAUAUUCCUACAUUUACCUAUGUGAAAACGAAACUGUCCACGGUAUCGAGUGGCCAAAGCUACCAACAGCUUUGACAGAUUCCGAUGUUGAUAUCGUGGCAGAUUUGUCCAGUGACAUUCUCUCACGCGAAAUCGACGUGUCGCAGUACAGUGUAAUUAUGGCUGGCGCGCAAAAGAACAUUGGACUUGCCGGUCUAACCAUUUACAUCAUGAAGAAAUCAAUUCUAGAAAACAUCUCUGCCACUUCCCUAGACCAACUUCGCCAAUUGGGAGUUCCUAUCACCCCUAUCGCCUUCGACUACCCCACUGUCGUGAAAAACAACUCUGCUUAUAACACCAUUCCCAUCUUCACGCUUCAUGUUAUAGAUUUGGUUUUACGUCAAAUCCUUGAAAAGGGCGGGGUCGCUGUUCAACAAAAGGAUAAUGAGCUCAAAGCUGAGUUGCUUUACAAAGCGUUGAGUAAGUACCCUGAUUUCUACGCGCUGCCAGUGGCCAAAGAUUGUAGAUCAAAAAUGAACGUUGUGUUUACUCUGAAAAAAGAGGGGCUCGACAAGAAGUUCUUGGACGGCGCUGCGGCUAUCAAGUUGACCGGAUUGAAGGGUCACAGAUCUGUAGGUGGAUUUAGAGCUUCCCUUUACAAUGCCGUUUCAGUGGAAAGUACCAAGAAGCUUGCGCAGUUUGUUGAAGCAUUCGCGUCUAAAAACGCUUGA